AUGAGAGGCCGAAGGGAGCGGGGACCUCCCCGGCUCGGGCGACUCCCGCCGCCAGAGGGCAGCCUUCUGCAGGCGACGUUGGGAGAAGUGGGCAUCCCCGUGGGCAUCUCACCAAGUGCCCAGCCUUUGCUCUCCCCUCCAGGUUAUGGCAACACAGCCCCCCUGUCCCCGGGUGGCAAGGUCUUCUGCAUGGUGUACGCGACCCUGGGGCUGCCGGCCUCCCUGGUGCUUGCGGCUGCGCUGCGCCACCACCUGCUGCCGGUGCUCAGCCGCCCGGGGGCCUGGGCAGCCGCCCGCUGGCAGCUGACCGCUGACCGCGCUGCGAUGCUGCAGGCCGCUGCACUGGGCCUGCUGGUUGGAGGUAUCUUCGUGCUACUGCCCGCACUGGUGCUGUGGCAGCUACAGGGCCAAGGCAGCCUGCUAGGGGCGAUCUACUUCUGCUUCGACUCGCUCAGCACCGUGGGCUUUGGGGAGCUGCUACCAGGCCAAGGCCGAGGCCUGCACCCGGCCAUCUACCACCUCGGCCAGCUCGCUCUGCUGGGUUAUAUGCUCCUCGGACUUCUGGCCAUGCUGUUAGCCGUGGAGACCUUCCUGGAGUUGCCACAGGUCCGUUCCAUUGUGCGCUUCUUCGAGUCCAGAGGUCUUUCGAUUGCAGAGGACCAAAGUGGCAUCAUAGGGCAGGACCACCUGGCUCUGGGCAUCGUACCUGCCGCAGGCACCACCCCAGAGGAAGCUCCGGCAUGA